UUCAAAAAUGCACGUAGUCUUUUAAACAAGUGGAAUGGGCUUAGUAAUGGGACAAACAACGAAAGCCCUGACAUCAUUGCUAUCUCAGAAACUUGGUUCUCUUCUCGGAUCAGUGACCGUGAAACACUUACGAAGAUCCACCCCUUUUAGAAGUGACAGGUUGGCACGCAAAGGUGGCGGUAUCAUCCUUUACGUUAAGAAUACCUUGACUGUAAAAGCCGUAGAAACAGUUGCACAUGAAAGUGAGACAUGUGAAAUGCUGCGCUGCAGACUAAAAUGCAAGGGGCAAGAUGUCAACGUAAUCGUAAUAUGUCGAAGCCCUGAAUGUGAGGCGGCAGACUUCCUCCUGAGUAAGCUGACCCUCUGGACAGAUAAAUGAUGUCCAGUUGUAGGAGACAUCAACGCACCAUCAGUUGACUGGGAUAGACUAGCAACAAAAGCACCACGAGAUUUGUUUGGCCACCGGUUAGUGAAAACACCAAUUUCCUUAGCGGUCAUACAGCACAUUACGACACAACCAGAUAUGAUCAUCAGCACGCUCCAUCAGUUCUAGACUUGGUAUUCUCACAUGCGGAUGAUGUAUGCUUCAUCUGGCACCUAGCACCCAUUGGCAAAAGUAAACACGCUGUGAUCAUCCUCAGAUUCACAGCAGACGUCUUGUACCAGGCCGGCGCUCCAGCUAGACCCAACAUAUGGAAAGCGAAUACGGAAGCUAUGAACCUGGCAGCCUCUUCGGGGGACUGAACAGUCAAUCCGGAAGCCUCA